GUCGUCGUCGUGAUUAUGAACUCGCGACACAGCUCAACCAUCAUUAUUAACCCAAAAGUCGUUUUCGACUUGCAAACUUCGACUUACAAUCAUAAUCCUGACAUCUGAAGCAAGCACGUCCACGAUGUUCGGCAUUCCGUACUGGAUAAUACCAGUCUUUGCAGGCUGCGUAUGGCUAGGUGGCCUUCUCGCGAUGCUCUGCACGUGGAUAGCCAAGGGCGAACCCUACUACGAGUUCAUGCACGCGACCUCCCAGCACAUCGUCUACAUCUCAGACAUCGGCGCCACCUCGUGGGGCAAGCCCAUCUUCAUCGCGACCUCGGCCGUCAUGGUGGUCAGCUUCGACCUCGUCUUCAUGUCGGAGCGCUGGCUGCGGCACAAGCGCCGCCUCACCCCCAACUACAGCCGCUGGGAGAAGGCCAUGUCCAUCCUCUCCAUCUUCUGGUCCAUCGUCGGCGCCGCAGGGCUGAUCCUCCUCACCAUCUUCGACACCGCCCACCACAAGACCGCCCACGACAGCCUCCUCGGCGUCUUCAUUGCCGGCUACGUCAUCAGCGCCAUCUGCGUCUGCAUCGAGUACCUCCUGCUCGGCCUCGUCGCCCGCCGCCGCGACCACGGCCGCGGCCUGCAGACCCACCGCCAGCACCGGAUCCUGCUGGCCAGCUUUGCCAUCAAGGCUGUGUUCAUCAUCGUUGAGAUCGCCCUGGCCGUUGCGUUUGGUGCUCUCGAGUAUACUGAACGUUACAACCAGUCUGCGAUCCUUGAGUGGGUUGUCGCCCUUGUCUACAUAUUUUAUGUCUGGUCCUACGUCUUCGACUUCCUGCCGGUGAACUUCGCCAUGCACAGGACGAGGAGUAACAGGUUCCAAGGUCACAAGAACGGCAGCGAGGAAAUGGCUAUGGCAAAUGACGGAUCGCCAGCGUUCGCAUGAGAGAGGAAACUAGAAAGCUUCGACAACGGGCACUGAGAUGCAGAGGCGGCACCCAACCCAAUUGUUACAAUAGCGCGUCGCCGUCCAGUGCUGGAAAAGACAUAUAAAAAAUAUACUGCUCGUCGGAGCAGCGUGCGGCGUCACGAAAACGACGAUAAGUAAUGUUUAUAGACAAUGCAUUGAUACCCAACUUUCCGA